AUGAAGCUGACGGCCUACAUCAUUUCCGUGCUGGCUCUGGGAGCCUACGCCGCCCCUGCCGCCAUUAAUGGAGGUGAACCUCUCGCCCUCGAGGCUCGUGGCCCAGCGAGCGCGCCUCCUCCACCUCCCCCGGCUCCUGAGAAGGGCGGUGCUGCCCCUCCUCCUCCGCAGGCAAGGGACGUUGAUAUUGGGACGAGGGACCCCCAGGGGCGUCCUCCACCUCCCCCGGCUCCUAAGAAGGGCGGUGCUGCCCCUCCUCCUCCGCAGGCAAGGGACAUUGAUAUUGAAGCGAGGGACCCCCAGGGGCGUCCUCCACCUCCCCCGGCUCCUAAGAAGGGCGGUGCUGCCCCUCCUCCUCCGCAGGCA